CCUAGCUCUAGCCUGCUAGGUCCUGUGGCUGGCUGCACCCCAGGCGGCCUCAGCUGCUCAAGCCAGAGGAUUGACUUCCUUCCCAACCCCCAAGCAGCUUCUCGAGUUGGGGAGAGAGUGGACACAGGGGUUUGAGCAGGGGCAUCUCGAAUAGGCUCCACACAGGCCUAGCCCCUUGCCCACCACUUGGAUCUCUCAGUAGCUAUUGCCCCCUCCUGGGCCCCAGCCAUGAAACUGCCCAAGGGGGCCAGGAACUCUGUGUUCAAUGGGCAGGGCCCAGAGGAGAAAGUUCAGGUGCCCUCAUGGCAGGAGGUAAAGCAGACCCCUGUGAUCAUGGCAAUGAUCAAAGGUCCGGGCCCAGCCAAGUACCUCCUGCCAUCUUGCACUGGCUACUUCCACCAUGACAUCUCCAUGUUCCAGGAGCCAGCCUAUACUCUGCACACCGGACACUCGGAGAAGCGGGUCAUGGACAUUUGCAGCCCUGGGCCUUGCUAUUUCUUGGAUCCCAAAAUAACCCGGUUUGGAAUGUCCAGCUGCCCGCAGGUUCCCAUGGAGGAACGCAUCUCUAACCUGCGCCUGAGGCCCAACCCAGCCCCCUGCCAUUACUACUUGGAGAAGACCCACCCACCUGGGGAACGCAGGGCUCCCCAGUAUGCUUUUGGCUACCAGUGCCCAUACAGAGUGAUGGACCCCAAUCCAGCCCCCAACCAGUACCAGCUGCCACUCUUUCUGGGGCCCAGCAACCCCGUCAGCCGAGCAGCUCCUUGCUAUAGUUUCGCCUCGGGGCACAAGAACUGGUUCUACAAGGAGAACGUGGCAGGAGGCCCUGGGCCGGCUGUGCAUGCCCGGCCUGAGCCCUCCGUUUACCAGAACCGCAGCCCCGUCUACAACAUGGCCAAGCGAUUCGCCUACCCGAUGGACCACACACCUCGGCCUGGCCCAGGCUCACACGACGUCCAGCAGGUCACGGUGCACAAGCCCCGCACACCUGCUUUCACCAUGGGCAUCAAGCACUCACCCCACCUGUGCCCGCUGGUCAUCGACAUUCACGACUAAGGCCCCUCCUGGGGCGCUCAC